AUGCCAGAUACUAGAACAACUCGCAAUUUGAAACAUACAUCUAUUCACGAUCAUUUAUUAAAUAAUACAGCGUGCACAUAUUCAACAAUUGAUCAUACUUCGAAAAAAAGCAGCCUCGAUACUGAACAUUUAUCAACUAUUUCUGCUAAUACACUACACCAUGAUCAAAAAAUUUUAACUAAUAAUGAUGAUCAACAUUUAUUAAUUGAACCGUCAAAUGAUUCAAUGCUUUCCAUUGACAACAAUCAACAAAAAUUAGCACGAAUACCAUCGUGUGUUAAUCAAUAUUCAUCGGCUCAAACCACAGGUGACACAUGUCAACAUAUGAUGAAAAAUGCAAUUAAAUCAUCAGCAAUGCAUCUUAAACAAGACAUUGUGGAAAACUUUGUAACAUUUUCAGGAAAGAAAAGUGAAGAUGCAGGAAAAUGGCUAGAUCAUGUUUUUGAAGUUAUUGAACAACAAGACUUAACACCAAGUGAACAACGUGAUAUAGCUGCAAGAAGAUAA